ACGAGAAGCUCUCUAGCUUGCUUGCUAUGUGCCACCAGCUUUCUGUCCCAGGUCUCUGCCUCCUGACCGGUAGAAUCCAGCUUUUUUCUUUUGCUCUAGUCGGUCGAGGUUUGAGAUUGGAGGACUGUAUGUGGUUUUCUACGGCCGGUUCGUACUGGGAUCAGGACAGGUUGUGACCAUCUGGAGAUGGAGUCAGCUCCGCCCGUUCUCUCUGCUAGGACUGAAGCACGUUACUCUCCACCAUGGGCGGAUUUGACUAUCAUUGGUAUUGCCGGCAGCUCUGGCUCCGGCAAGACGUCGGUUGCAAUGGAGAUAGUUAGGUCGUUGAAUCUGCCGUGGGUAGCCAUCCUCGUAAUGGAUUCCUUCUACAAAACGUUAACUCCGGAGCAACAUGCCAAAGCUCAUGCAAACGACUAUGAUUUCGAUAGUCCAGAGUCCAUUGACUUUGACAUCUUGGUCAAUACUCUGCGUGAUUUGAAACAAGGGAAGAAGGCAGACAUACCAGUGUAUUCCUUCGCGGACCAUCAACGACAGCCACACACUACUGCUCUCUACUCGCCACAUGUGCUGAUCUUAGAAGGCAUUCUGGCACUCUAUGACCCCAGAAUUCUCGAGAUGCUUGAUGUCAAAAUAUUCGUUGAGGCGGAUAUGGAUGUCUGCCUUGGUCGAAGAAUCAUACGCGAUGUCAAAGACAGGGGCAGAGAAGUUGAAGGUAUCGUCAGGCAAUGGUUCAAGUUCGUCAAGCCCUCGUACAAGACAUACGUGGAGCCGCAACGAAGCAUAUCAGACAUCAUUAUUCCCCGUGGAAUUGAGAACAAAACGGCAAUCGAUAUGGUCGUUAAGCAUAUCCAACGAUGUCUUCAGGAGAAAUCCGAUAAGCAUAAUGCCGACUUGAUGAAGCUGAGCGUUCUCGCUUCAACCGAGAAAUUCUCUUCUAAUGUGAAGAUUAUGGCGCCGACUCCGCAGUCCGUCGGCAUGAAUACCAUUCUACAAGACCCGUCCACAGAGCAGGUCGAUUUUGUCUUCUAUUUUGACCGACUGGCCUCAUUACUUAUAGAAAAGGCCCUCGACUAUACCGAUUAUAAGCCAAAGACUGUUACGACACCUGAAAAGAACGAAUACAAUGGUGUUUGCCAAGCAGGCAUUGUGUCCGCUGUUGCCAUCCUACGAGGCGGGUCGUGCUUGGAGACUGCGCUCAAGCGCACUAUUCCCGAUUGCAUUACGGGUCGUGUCUUGAUCCAGACUAAUGACCGCAGCGGGGAACCUGAAUUACAUUACCUGAAAUUACCUCCUGGUAUAGAGAAGCACUCGUCGGUCAUGUUGCUGGAUGCGCAGAUGUCUAGCGGAGGUGCCGCCUUGAUGGCUGUCCGAGUGCUGAUCGAUCAUGGCGUCGAUGAGAACAAUAUUAUUUUUGUGACGUGUGCUGCUGGUAAGCGUGGUCUGCAGAGACUGACAACCGUUUAUCCUGGCGUUAAGGUCAUCGUUGGGCGGAUAGAGGAAGAAGGAGAACCAAGGUGGCUCGAGAAGAGAUAUUUUGGUUGUUGAUCUAUCUGGAAUACAUAUACAAUCUACGUAUAUACUUUUUUGAUUCGAAAUAAUGACUCAUGUCAAGGCAUAUACUCCGAUUGAAUAGAUUAAUCAAAUGCAC